AUGGCUGAUAAACUUGGAAUCCCGGUCAGACUGCUUCAUGAAAGUUUGGGACAUGUAGUCACGAUCGAAGUCAAGGGUGGAGCAACAUAUCGUGGACAGCUAUACGAAGCGGAAGACAACCUAAACGUAAGCAUGAAAGAGAUCACAGUUACAGCUAGGGAUGGACAACAAUCAAAAUUAGAAACUGUUUACAUACGUGGAAGUAUGAUCAGAUUUAUAAUCGUUCCUGAUAUGUUACAACAAGCGCCAAUGUUUAAACGUGUCGGUCCAAAUGCAAUGAAAGGUCGUGGAAUCGGUAGUGCUCGUGGAAGGGCAACGAUUAUUAGAGCUCAAAAUAGACGCGGACGAGGAGGAGGCAGAGGCGCUCCACCGCCAAGUGGACCAAGUGUUCGUCGAUAA